AGUCACCCCAAUUACCUUGUGAAGAGUGUGAAUAGGAGUUGUAGGUGUGUUUUUUUUAUAAAUGAGAUGAAAUAGUUUGAAUGCUGCCCUCCGUCCAGAAAUUCCGAACUAUACAGAGAGAGUACUAUGUAAACUCAAACCAGUUCGAGUGGUUUAUAGAAUGUGGGACAUGUGACUGCAUGAUCAUGAUCGACAACCGGCGUCUUAAGUAGUUAGUUACUCUACCAAUGACUUCACGUUAAAGAAAAAAGCCCCUAACAUCUCAACAUCCAGUUUUACUUCUUUUUUUUCGUCCGGGGUGGCGGCCCGGGGGGGGGGGGGGGGCAGUAACCAGUAACUUAGCGCAGAUAUGCUUAUGACGACUGAUUUCGGGCAAUCCGCUGCUUAUGAUGCAAUCAAAGCCGGGGGACGAAACAUCCACCACGAGACGACUCGGAUGAGGAUUCUCAAACUUCUCUCGUAUUGACUUGACUUCCUCGUUCCCGUUCUUGGUCAGGUAGUUAGUUAGUUAAUCUACUAAUCAAGUCCGCUUGUGCCCGGAUAGCAUACAUUGCUUAGAAAUGACGCCGGGAUUGCUGCUUCCGUUGAUUUCCUUUCUCCUAUUGAACCUGCCUUAUACUACUGAUUAAAAUAUAUUAUAUAUAUAUCUAUGAAAGUCACCCCAGUCUUUUUCAUUCUUCAAAACUUAAUUGCCCCAAUAUAAAAAGCCGGCGAUUAUCUCUACUAUAACCGUUGCGUUAACUCUUCCCAGUCAAAACAAGAAAACUAGGGGGAGUUACGUAGCGGCUUCCUAGUUUUUUACUUUUCGUUGUUCUUUUCAAUUUUUUUUUUUUUUUUUUUUUGCCCUAGAACUUUUGAUUGAAAGAAAAUUCAACAUGCCGGUGUUGGAUCCGGGAGUCCCAGUUAUUUCACCGCGAGCAGCAAAAUCGCACCGCCGAAGGCAUCGAAGGAAUUCAUCCCUCAACAUGACUAUCAAAACGGCUCUUACAAAGUUAAAGGAGACCGCGAGACCAUCGUCGGAUAACGAGUCCUCCACCUCUCCUCUUAAAAGCUUCGCAAACUUCUUCCUCGACAGGGAUAUCGCAUCCUCCAGUGAAGAUUUACCUAGCGAUGAUAGCGACCUCCUAAGCAAGAAACAACAGAAUCGCCAGUCGCGGAAACUGAAGCGAGAAUCCAGGUCGCGAUUGAGCGGGGAGAUGAGCGAGCAAUCGCGAACACGCAAGCGGGAGCGCGAUGCGCAGGCUGCGCGAGAAGAACCCCACGAGAUCAAAGCCCGCUAUGGAGAUUUGCCGCUGAUGCAGUCCAGGCAGCGUCUACGGGAGGAUCUACUUAAGUUUGACAAUGUCACACCAGACUCGAUCGGUCAGGAGGUCACGUUCCGCGCGCGGGUGCAUCAUAUCCGUAAUAUGUCAUCGAAGCUAGUUUUCAUCAUUCUCAGGCAACAAAUCACCACUAUACAGGGCGUGCUGGCAGAGAAACCCGGGGCGAUAUCGACUCUUAUGAUCCAAUGGGCUGAACAUAUCCGAGUAGGGUCAAUUGUCAAGGUUAAAGGCGUGCUAACCAAGUCCAAAGUCCCUGUUACGGGAACCACCAUCCAUGAUGUGGAGAUCGAUAUCCAGGGGCUUCACGUAAUUGUUCACAGACAGGACCAAAUCCCGUUCAGCGUUUACGAAGCAGAACUCCCGAGCAAAGACGUUAGUAGUGACGGACGGCGAAACCACGUGCUGGACCGGACCCGUCUUUCCAAUCGAAUCCUAGAUCUGCGAACCGACACCUCCCAAUCCAUAUUCAGAAUCCAGAGCGCAGUCAGCAAUUUGUUCCGUUCUUCGUUGGAUGCUCAGGGGUUCAUUGAGAUUCAUACACCGAAAUUACAGAGUUCGGCCACCGAGUCUGGUGCUAGCGUUUUCGAAGUCAAGUAUUUCACAAGAGAAGCCUUCCUGGCUCAGAGUCCACAACUCGCCAAGCAAAUGGCUAUUGCAAGCGACUUCGAGCGUGUGUACGAGAUUGGCGCGGUAUUCCGCGCUGAGAACUCAAAUACCCAUCGCCACUUGACGGAAUACACUGGCCUGGAUAUCGAGAUGGCGAUAGAGGAACAUUACCACGAAGCGCUGGAGAUUGUCGAUUCUGUCCUCAAGGAGAUCUUCAAAGGGAUAUAUGGCCGCUAUCGAAGAGAGGUGAAUAUUAUCAAAAAUCAAUUCCCUCAUGAAGACUUGGUCUGGCUGGAUGAGACACCAAUUAUACCAUUCACGGAGGGAAUAAAACUUCUUAAUGAGAGCGGAUGGCGCCGAGAUGGUGAGGAACUACCAAUAAACGAAGACUUGGGGACGCGUGAUGAGAUUCGAUUGGGAGAAUUGAUAAAAGAGAAAUACCACACCGAUUAUUUCAUAUUGGAUAAGUUCCCCAAGGCCGCAAGGCCAUUUUAUGCCAUGGAAGAUCCCGAGAACCCUGACUUCACCAAUUCGUUCGAUAUCUUUGUCAGAGGCCAAGAGAUCGUCUCCGGCGGCCAGCGGAUACAUGAUGAGAAGAUCCUCGAGAAACGAAUGAAGGACGUUGGUAUCAACCCUGCGACAAUGGAGGAGUACAUGGAAGGCUUCCGUUGGGCAGCCCCCCCUCACGCCGGUGCGGGCAUCGGCCUCGAAAGAUUAAUCAUGCUGAUCUUGAAACUUGGAAACAUCCGCCUAGCCUCAUUAUUCCACAGGGACCCAAAGAGCUUUCAAGAUAUGCCAGAUACAUCACGCAUCCUCCGCUACCCGGAAUCGUCCACUCUUGAACCUCCAUGGGAGAAGGAAGGGUAUCAAAGCGAUGACAGGGGCGAUCAGGAUCGGAAAUUCCAACCCUUGGACGAACUCAUCGCCAACUACGGCGAUGCAACAUCAACUUCGUGGCCCGACAUGAAAUAUAAAAUCUGGCGCGACCAUCCGACCGGUGCCGCCGUAGCAUACGUCCCCAGCUCUCACGGCUUCGCGAUAAUCCCGGGCGACCCGCUCUGUGACCCGAGCCAGUACUCCAAAGUAACCAUUCGCUUCCUCCGCUGGCUCAAGGCCGAAGCGCGCCUGAAACCCAUCUGGAUCCUCUGCUCCAUGCCGGUCGAAGAAAUCCUAGGCGAAAAGCUAGGCUGGCGCACCCUCUCCUGCGUCGGCGAAGCGCGCAUCGAUCCGUCCCGCAACCAAACGGCCGCGGACGCAGAUAUCGCCAAGAAGAUCCGCCAGGCAGAGCGCGAGGGCGUCAAGGUCCACCACAUCCCCAGCGACAAACCUCUUCCAGAAGACAUCACCUCCAAGAUCGACGCGCGGAUCAAGGAGUGGCAGGCAAAUCGCAAGGGCCCCCAGAUCUACCUGUCGGACAUCAAGCCAUGGCGCAGCCCGCGGGAUUACCAGUACUACUACGCGACCGACAGCACAGGCACGAUUUGCGCCUUCGUCGCCCUAGCCCGCCUAGGUGCGAACAGCAUGCAGAUCAAAUACAGCUUAGAUUUCCCCGGCGCACCGUCCGGGACCAUCGAGUACCUGAUCACCCAUGUCGUGCAGGCUGGGGCCAGGUUUGGCAUUAAGGCACUCACGUUUGGCGCGGGCGCGUCCUCGACGCUCACGCCGGGCCAUAACAUGUCGUCCACGAAGGGCAAGGUGCUCCAGACCACCUAUGAAGCCAUUGCCAAGCAGUUUGGGCUGAAUCGCAAGACGGAGUUUAGGGCUAAGUUGGGUGCGUUUGAGGAACCGCUUUUCAUUGCUUACCCGCGCCAUGGGAUGGGUUCCAAGGGUAUAAGGGCUAUUUUGAAUUUCUUUGAAGACUGAAUGGAUUUCUUUUUGUUAUGACGGUUUCAUAGCCUUGAGCCUAUUUUUUUUGGUUAUACUUGCUAUUGGUAUUUUGGUUAUAAUUUGUAAUAAUAUCGUUUUCCUUUUCCUGUUCCCUUUUUGAUUAAUUAUUUUACUUUUUAAUUAGUUCUGUUCUGUUUCCUUUUGUUUUCGCUUUUCUGUUUUUAUUAUCCUCUGAAAGUGGGUAAUGCGACGAGAGACGAUUUUGUUCGAUAUACACAUAAAUGAUAGCGAUAUUACAUGUUACAAACAAUUGGAUUUUUGCCAUUCAUAGAUAUAUAAAUAUGUGUUUACAGUUUGGCUUCAUGGGCUAGUUUCCUCAAGAGUAGAAUACAUCUAGGUGUGUAUGCAUCUGAAGCAAAGUUACUAGUGAAGG